GUUCUCCAAUCGUGGUGAUCGAUACAAUGUCUCUAUCUCUCUUGCUAUAUAUAAUUCCCAAUUCUCAGAUUGUUACCCCCCUCCUCACUUCAUUCUUCUUCUCCUACUGGCUUAUGAUAUAGGUGCAGUUUUGUAAAGCCAAAAAUGGUAUCCAUGGAGGAAGAUAAGGCAGUUGCUCUCGAGGCAAUUAAUAAAGAAGCUGUUGAUCUGGAAAAUAUUCCGAUGGAAGAAGUUUUCGAGAAUUUAAGAUGCACGAAAGAAGGACUGAACUCUGAUGAGGUUGAAAAGCGUUUGAAUAUGUUUGGCUACAAUAAGUUGGAAGAGAAGAAGGAAAGUAAAAUUCUGAAGUUUUUGGGUUUUAUGUGGAAUCCUCUGUCUUGGGUAAUGGAAGCAGCAGCAAUCAUGGCAAUUGCUAUGGCUCGAGGAGGGGGUGAACCUGCUGACUAUCACGAUUUUGGUGGCAUAGUGGUACUUCUGCUUAUCAAUUCAACCAUAAGUUUUGUAGAAGAGAAUAACGCUGGAAACGCAGCUGCAGCCCUCAUGGCUCGUUUGGCUCCAAAAGCUAAGGUUUUACGCAAUGGGAAAUGGAAUGAAGAGGAUGCAUCAAUACUUGUACCUGGAGACAUCAUAAGUAUUAAGCUAGGUGACAUUAUUCCUGCUGAUGCACGUCUGCUUGAAGGAGAUCCUUUAAAGAUUGAUCAAUCAGCUCUUACAGGUGAAUCUCUCCCAGUAACGAAGAAUCCAGGUGACGGGGUGUACUCAGGGUCCACGUGUAAACAAGGUGAAAUUGAGGCAGUUGUUAUUGCGACAGGGGUCCAUACGUUCUUUGGGAAAGCAGCUCAUCUUGUGGACAACACUACACACAUAGGUCACUUUCAACAGGUUUUGACUGCGAUUGGGAACUUCUGCAUAUGCUCAAUUGCGAUAGGCAUGGUUAUUGAAAUAAUUGUGAUAUAUGCUCUUCAAAAGAGGCAUUAUCGUGAAGGAGUCGAUAACCUUCUCGUGAUACUCAUUGGUGGGAUCCCAAUUGCAAUGCCAACUGUUUUAUCUGUUACAAUGGCCAUUGGCUCCCAUAAACUAGCUCAACAGGGAGCUAUAACAAAGAGAAUGACCGCCAUUGAAGAAAUGGCUGGAAUGGAUGUAUUGUGUAGUGAUAAAACUGGAACUUUAACUCUCAACAAACUUACUGUUGACAAAAAUUUGAUUGAGGUUUUUGCAAGUGGUGUUGAUAAGGACACGGUUGUGUUAAUGGCUGCUAGAGCAUCAAGGUUGGAAAACCAAGAUGCCAUUGAUGCUUGUAUAGUAUCAAUGCUGGCUGAUCCUAAGGAGGCGCGAUCCGGAAUUACAGAAGUGCACUUCCUUCCAUUUAAUCCAACUGAUAAGAGGACAGCUUUGACAUACAUUGACGGUGCUGGCAAGAUGCAUAGAGUUAGCAAAGGUGCACCAGAACAGAUUUUGAAUCUGUCAAAAAACAAAUCGGAGAUUGAAAAGAGGGUACACGCAAUCAUUGAUAAUUUCGCUGAACGUGGACUUCGAUCUCUUGGAGUGGCUCGCCAGGAAGUACCAGCUAACAGUAAAGAUAGCCCUGGUGGUCCGUGGGAAUUUGUGGGGCUUCUUCCUCUAUUCGAUCCACCUCGCCAUGACAGUGCUGAGACAAUUAGAAGAGCUUUAGAUCUUGGAGUUAGUGUUAAGAUGAUCACCGGUGACCAACUGGCCAUUGCUAAGGAGACUGGGAGACGACUAGGAAUGGGUGUUAACAUGUAUCCUUCAUCAUCCUUACUUGGCGAUCAUAAGGAUCAACUACUUAGAGCUUUACCUGUUGAUGAACUUAUUGAAAAAGCCGAUGGUUUUGCUGGUGUUUUUCCAGAGCACAAGUAUGAAAUUGUGAAGAUUCUUCAAAGUAAAAAGCACAUUUGUGGAAUGACGGGUGAUGGUGUAAACGAUGCACCUGCAUUAAAGAUAGCCGACAUUGGAAUUGCAGUGGAUGAUGCCACAGAUGCAGCUCGAAGCGCGUCUGACAUAGUUCUAACUGAGCCGGGGCUCAGUGUCAUCAUCAGCGCGGUGUUAACAAGCCGAGCCAUCUUCCAGAGAAUGAAAAACUAUACAAUCUAUGCCGUUUCAAUCACCAUACGUAUUGUGUUAGGGUUCAUGUUGCUGACUUCUUUUUACGAAUUUAAUUUCCCUCCAAUUCUUGUUCUUGUCAUAGCCAUUCUGAAUGACGGUACGAUCAUGACUAUUUCCAAAGAUAGAGUGAAACCAUCUCCCAGCCCAGACAGCUGGAAGCUCAGUGAAAUUUUUGCAACUGGAAUAGUCAUAGGCACCUACCUUGCUCUAAUGACUGUCUUAUUCUUUCAUUUGGCUAGUCAAACCAAUUUUUUUGCGCAUACCUUCCAUGUGGAAAGUUUACAUAAGCAUAAAGGCCUCGCAGAUGAUGUUUGGAAAGCGAAGCUAGCAUCAGCUGUAUACCUCCAAGUCAGCACAAUUAGCCAGGCGUUAAUAUUUGUCACACGCUCCAGGGGUUGGUCUUUCACGGAAAGACCAGGUCUUCUGUUGCUUGCUGCAUUCAUUCUAGCUCAACUCUUUGCCACUGUGAUGUCAGCAUAUUUGAGCUGGAGUUUUGCUAAGGUCCAUGCGAUUGGUUGGGGUUGGACUGGAGUUAUAUGGUUGUAUAACAUCUUAAGCUACAUGUUGCUUGACCCUAUCAAAUUCGCCGUUAGAUAUGCGCUUAGUGGGAGAGCAUGGGGCCAUGUUAUUAACCGUAAAACGGCAUUCAGCACCCAAAAGGACUUUGGUAGGGAAGCCCGCGAGGCAGCAUGGGCAAAAGAGCAAAGAACACUUCAUGGUCUUGAUACUUCUGAAGCAAAGCCUUUUGCUGAAAACUACACCUUCAGAGACAUCAACAUGAUGGCGGAAGAAGCAAAACGUCGUGCAGAGAUUGCAAGAUUAAGGGAACUUCAUACCCUGAAGGGAAAGGUAGAGUCUUUUGCGAAGCUAAGAGGAUUAGACAUCGAUGUGAACCCACACUACACUGUGUGAUCGAUGCCGUGGACAUAGACACGUUUUAAUGUAAUUCUUCUACUCGAAUUUGAUCGUGCAAAUCUCACUUGAAUGCACAAAAUCACCAAUAAAAGCAGCUUCCUUGUUCUGUUUCAUAAAUCUAUUGUCAAACUAUCGUUCUUAAGAUUGUUUUUUCAUGUAUCA